AUGGAAAUGAAGAUAGAAGAAGACCGCCAAAAAGGAGCCUGGGGACAAUUCUCUGUGGUAGGCCCAGGAGCAACUGUCAUUGCCUCAGUUGGGGAAGAAGCUGUGCUGCACUGUCAUCUCAGCCCAGAGACAGAUGCUGAGAACAUGGAGGUUACCUGGGACCGAAUGGAUCCUCCAGCUCUGGUGCAUCACUAUGCUGCUUCCCAGGAUCAGCAGUGGCUACAGAGCCCACAGUACCGAGGGAGGACAGAGUUCCUGAAGGAGAACAUCAACACAGGGCAGGUGGCCCUGAGGAUCCAUCCCAUCCUCCCUUCAGAUGGUGGAGAGUACAGGUGUAACUUUGUAAGCUCUACAUUUGUAAGUGAAGCUCAAGUUGAGGUGCUGGUCACAGUGAUUUACAGGAUUAUAAAAGUAGCAGCCUUAGGCACAGCUCCUCAGAUUCACAUUGAGUCUGGAGGCACUGGGGAGGUGAAGCUGACCUGCACAUCCAGGGGCUGGUACCCAGAGCCUGAGGUGCAAUGGAGGGACCUACAAGGACUGCGGUUUUUGGAGCCAGCCUCUGAGACAAAGACAGUGGCAAAAGAUGGUCUGUUUCAAGUGCAAACAUCCGUCACUGUAGACACCAGGUCAAGAGAUGUGUCCUGUGGCAUAAUUAACCCAGUCCUCAGUGAAGAGAAGGAAGCACACGUUUCUAUGGCAGGUUCACUACCAAGAAAAUAUGAAAGGCAAUUCAAGGCUCCAGCCAUAACUUACAAUCCAAAAUAUUAUUUCAGCAAAGAACUACAAAAUUCACAAAGAAAACUUCAAAUGGAAAUUCAAGAAGUUAAAGAGGCUGGACUAAGUGUCAUCAGAAGAUUUGCUGCCAACAUAACCCUGGAUCAGGAUACUGCUCACCCUUACCUUAAGGUGUCAGAGAACAGAAAAUAUGUGAGAAAUGUUGGUGAAAAACAAGAUGUUCCUGACAAUUCGGAGCGAUUUGACACUCUCAGGGCUAUUCUGGGGGAGAACAGCUUCUCUGCUGGUGACCAUUACUGGGAGGUGGAUGUGUCUUCGAACACCCAAUGGGAAACAGGACUGUGUGUGGAGUCAGUGGAGCGGAAAGGAGGCAUCACUGUUUGUCCUGAAAAUGGGUUCUGGGCACUUUCUCUAAGGUAUUCUGAACUCAAGACACUUACCACUCCCCCUUACAUUCUUAAGGUUUCAAAAGACAUUCAAAUUGUGGGUAUUUUUCUGCAGUAUGAGAAAGGUCUGAUUUCUUUCUACAAUGUGACAGAGUGCAGCCUUAUUUAUACUUUCAAAAGCACCUUUACAGAACCCCUGAAGCCAUAUUUCUACCAUGGAUACUUCAGAUGGGGAAUGAACAUGGGCCUCCAACUCCUCAGCUGUCAGUGACAGAUCCUGUCAUCACUGUGGGGACACAGCUAAGACACCAUUGGGUUUCCUCAUGGGCCAUGAGACCAUCAGACACACCCACACAGGAAACUGCAGUCAGGGGAACCAGGAUCUGCCUCAGGCCAGACUCCUCCAGUCUUUGGGGAAACACAGAGUGACCCCUUGUAGUGCCCACCAUGUGCUGCCCAUUUCUAUUCCCCAUUCUCUUAGAAUCCUAAUUCUUGUUACCCUUUGGCUUUAGGGAAAAAGAAAAAAGCAAAAUUCUGUAAAAAACAAAAUAAUAAUAAUAAUACAUUCCCAGAUAUCAGUAGAUAGUCUGAAAUAACUUAUCUACUUCAAAAUACAGAUUUGGUGGUUGGGCACUGACAAACCGCUUGGGAUCCCAUGUGACCAAGCAUUGGGGUUUAAGACUCUCAUCUCCACCUACAGAAGGGAGCUUCACAAGUGGUGAUGCAGU